AUGCAGUCUACCCCGUCAUCGGUGUUUCAGGUGUGCUGUGUACUAACUUCCUGUUUCUCUCCUGUAGAUGAGAGCGGCGUCUCCCUCCUGCAGCUGAUCGGGGACCCUCCCCCGGACGAGAUCACCAAGAUCUAUGGCCCCGACAACAGCCCCGGCUACGUGUUCGGUCCCGAUGCUAACACGGGCCAGCUGGCACGCGCCCAUCUUCCCAGCCCCUUCUACCGGGACUUCUCCCUCCUCUUCAACCUGAAGCCCCAGUCCACCAAGGGUGGCGUUAUCUUCUCGGUCACGGACCCCUCGCAGCAGAUCAUGUAUGUGGGUGUCAAGCUGUCGCCCGUGAAGGCGAACAGGCAGAACGUAAUCUUCUUCUAUACGGAGCCCGACUCAAAGGAGUCGUACGUGGCUGCCACCUUCCCCGUGCACAAUCUGGCUGACCAGUGGAACCGCUUCUCCAUCUCCGUGCUGGAUGACAAGGUCACCUUCUACAUCAACUGCGACGACCAGCCCCAGGUGGUGCGCUUCGAGAGGUCCCCAGACGAGAUGGAGCUGGAGGCUGGAGCCGGGGUGUUCGUGGGCCAAGCCGGAGGGGCCGAUCCCAAUAAGUUCCUGGUAUGUAUCAUGCUAUUACUGUACCUUUUGAUAGCAGGGUCAGGGGCCGUUGUGUUUCAACUUGGUCGAUGUAGGAAAUGAAUACAUUUCCUAGAUUGAAGGACUUGAAAUGCAGUUCUACCCCAAACCCUGUCUUAUAUUUAAUUUACAGAUGACGGAUCUUAAUUUGAUCACUCUUUUGUCGCUUCAGGAAAUUCUAAUGAGCCUUGUGAAACCCGCAGUUCUCUUUCUCUCCAUGCAAGGGGCAGGGGGGGUCAUUCGGAGCAGUGGGGCCAUAUUUGUCCAUAUUCUGUAGGCUACCUGUUAGUCACAUAAUGAAUGGUGUGAGAACCGAUAAUAGGCUACUGUUUGUGUUUCCCUGGCUGAGUUGAUGAGCUCAUUUGGAGGACAUCAUAAGGUUUCUAGUGAACCCAAGGUUACGAUUGAACUGUCAAAAUGUAGUUCAAACCUGGUCUAGCGGUUAGGGCCGCUGCCUUCAGUGCGCACAUAUAGGCCUACCGUGUCGAUGUGGGUUCGAUUCCGGCCCACGCCCUUAUGGCACAAAUAACUCAAUCCACCCGAUUUUACUAGAUUUAGUUACACAUUUCAAAUAUGGACAGUCCAGAAUAUUUUACCCCCGAUCUUGAUAAGAAAUUACCAUACCAGACUUUUAUUUUAGGCCGUGGCUGCAGAUCUGGCUUUUUCGGCUGGGCAAAAAAUUCCAGAGUCUUCCAGAAGCUUCUGCGCAUGUGAGGAUCACGUUCUGCGCAUAUGCUCAAUGCGUAGAGAACAGGCUACUCAGACAAAUGGUGCUUGUUUAAUAAAGUUAGGUCAAAGCUGUAUCAAUGUCUGCAAGAUCACAUAAUGAUCACAGUAUUCUACCUAACAGAACCAAAUAUAAUAGCAUAGUAUAACGCUACUGUAAGACAAAACACCACCGCAUAUGUAACUUUUUGGGCGACCAGACCAAAUACAUAUAGAAAUGUGUGGUAUAGAUCUGUCAUUCUCAUUAAAAGCAAGUCUAAGAAGUUUAGUUUUUGUGUCUUUUAUUUUCGGGUUUGCAUCCCAGCUUCAAACAGCUGAAAAUACAGUAUUUUUGGUUAUGGAAAAUAUAUUUCACAGCGGUUUAGAUGGUACAACGAUGAAUGAUUCUCUACAGUAUACUUUCAUGUUUUUGUCACAUUAACUGAAAUUAGGCUAACUAUUAGAAUUUUAGCAACCAGGAAAUGGCAGAGCGAUUUCUGCAUAAAGCAUCUUUAAAGUUUUACCGGUGAAACAUCCAUGCAGUAUCUGCAUAGUAACCAUUUGAUCCCCAAAAAAGUCAGAUCCGCAGCCACUUAAAGACAGUUUUAUUUAAUGGAUAACAUAAAUAGGAAACACAUUUAAUAAUAACAGCAGGUUACACCAACGUUAGUUACAUUCAUACAAGGUGCCAACGUGUGAUGCUCGGAGCCGAAGCGUGCUGCUCAGACCACUGCACUAUGGCAGUUCACAAUGCUCUAGCAAGCUGUGAGAAUAUCUGAUGACACUUGAUGGAAUGAGGUCGGUUGGUUUGCAGAGCCUUCCCCAAACCAUAGCGCUAGGUACGGUACUGCGUUGUAUAGCCGCUUCCAGCUGCCCCCUGGCGGUGAUACUAAAUAUUGAAUAUUCAUUCAAAUCCUCCUGCUGCAGGAUUAUUUUCCUCCUGCGACGAAAUGGGUCAAAUUAAGGUCUGACAUUUGUAGUCCCCUAUCCUGAAUAGCUUAUGGCGUAAUAAUAGGUUAUGAGUAGGAAAUGUAGUUUGCAAUUUUGGCUCAAACUUCAGCAGAAAUCGGAACGUCCGAGGCAGUCCAAGAUUCGUUCAUAGUUUUGACUUAUGUGCACUUAUCUCAAGCCCUACUAUAUUAUAACAUUUCCGACUGCAUAAAUACACUGAGUGUACAAAACAAUUAGAACAGCUCUUUCCAUGACAUAGACUGACCAGGUGAAUCCAGGUGAAAGCUAUGAUCCCUUAUUGAUGUCACUUAUUAAAUCCACUUGAAGAUGAAGGGGAGGAGACAGGUUAAAGAAGGAUUUUUAAGCCAUGAGACAAUUGAGACAUGGAUUGUGUAUGUGUGCUAUUCAGAGGGUGAAUGGGCAAGACAAAAGAUUGAAGUGCCUUUGAACGGUGUAUGGUAGUAGGUGCCAGGCACCAGUUUGUGUCAAGAACUGCAACGCUGCUGGGUUUUUCAUGCUCAACAGUUGCCCGUGUGUAUCAAGAAUGGUCCACCACCCAAAGGAUAUCCAGCCAACUUGACUGUGGGAAGCAUUGGAGUCAACAUGGGCCAGCAUCCCUGUGGAACGCUUUCGACACCUUGUAGAGUCCAUGCCUCGCCAAAUUGAGGCUGUUCUGAGGGCAAAGGGAGGGGGGGGGGGGGGUACGCAACUCAAUGUUAAGUUGUUCUUAAUGUUUUGUACACUCAGUGUAUAGCAGUGUCAGGGGCAAGUGGAAUCAGAAAUGAGACCGAUCAGGUUUGCUGUUUUGAACAAGAGAAGUGCAUGCCCUCCUAGCCAAGCUGAGUUAGGUGUGUGAAACGGUAACAGCCGUGCCUGGCUAAUAUAUUACAAUAAUAAUAAUAAUAAUAAUAUAUAUUUCAUAAUGCGCUUUUCAUUAUACAGAUAAUCUCAGAUGCUUAAAAACAAAGUACAUGUAGUUCUUAGGCUGGAAAAUGGUCUUCUACAGAGGCUGGCGCCUACAGGUCACAUCCAAAUUCGGAUGUGUAUGAUUUGUAUGAUAUGAUUGCCCUCAAUUGGCCUGCUUUAAAUCAAAACAUAAAAGUGGUCUGACCCCGACCAUCCCCCUUCUCUGAGUGGGAAACACAGAAGUUUAAUUGGUGGGGGAGCAAUAACCUCCAGCUGGCCUUCCCCGCCACCCCUCCCCCACUCCUCCAGUCAGCAUGCCAAUUGCACGCUCCCUCAAAACUUGACACAUCUGUGGCAUUGUGUUGUGUGACAAAACUGCACAUUUUAGAGUGGCCUUUUAUUGUCCCCAGCACAAGUUGCACCUGUGUAAUUAUCCUGCUGUUUAAUCAGCUUCUUGAUAUGCCGCACCUGUCAGGUGGAUGGAUUAUCUUGGCAAAGGAGAAAUGCUCACUAACAGGGAUGUAAACAAAUUUGUGCACAGCAUUUGAGAGAAAUAAGCUUUUUGUGCAUAAGGGAAAAUGUUUGGAUCUUUUAUUUCAGCUCAUGAAACAUGGGACCAACACUUUACAUGUUGCGUUUUAUAUUUUAGUUCAGUAUACAUUCAAAUCUGUAAAGGCUAAGACGUAACAUUUGGAGAAUGGCCUGGGAUAAAGUCUAUCUUAAUCCAUGCAAUCAUGCGAGAAUGAGAACAGGUAUAGCAUACUGAAACACAAAGACAUUUUACAUGCCUUUUGACAAAUAAUGCAGUAUUGAAUCCCCCUUUUUUAUUGCUUCACUAACAUACAUAUUUCUGUGCUGAUUCAUGACUUCUCACACAGCAUUGUAAUUGGAUUGUUUUACUUGAUGUCUGAAAUUUAGACAGUCAGAAAACCUGUCUCUGACUAAACUGAGAUAAUUGGAAGAUUUAGGUCAAACAUGGUCAGAGGGAACAAUGAUAAUUUUAUUGCAAUAACGUGUGAAAGGGACUCAAUGUGAGGGAGUUGUCUUUUUGUGCUUAUUGACACUAGAGCGAUAGAAACAUUGAAAAAGAGAGGGACAAAGGUUAAUUUCAUGUCCAUGGAAAGUUUGUAGUCCUACACACGGUUGACUGAUUUUGCUGGGCACGUCUUCAAGCAAAGUAAACAUCAGGGAAUCGGAAUGCUCAGAGUAAUGUCCCAAAUAGCGCUCCUUUGGGUUUAAGACAGCCCAGCCUGUCUAUCCUAUCUUGUCAAGACCAAAUUAGGGGAUUUAAACAGAAUGGUUUUCCCAAAUGUCAGAGCAUAGUGUAUUUUUUCCUCUUUUUAAAGACAGUUGUUAGAGACAGCUGAGGUAAACAAUGGUUGUUUACACAGACCCCAGGCAUAGCCGAUGUCAGACAGUUGUCAUGAAGAUUUGCAUUAUCUGUAGACUCAAUGCAGAGAGUUGAACCGUUAUGCCUGUACUCAGAAGGUACAGGUCAGUUACAAUGAAUUACCUUUUGAGAGGAAUGUAGCCACUCAAGUCAAAUUUAGAUAGUCUAUGAGAUUGGCAUUAUUGAUAGUUUUAACAUUUUAAAGCUAUACAUUGUUCGUUGACACAGACUCAGAAACAUAAAUGACGAAUUAAUACAACCAUGAUAGGGUAAGAUAGCACCUGCUUCCAGGACCGGAAGUAACAGUGGAAAAUGAAAAGGCAGUUAUCGUGUACAGACUUGCGAUAGCUUCAUAAUGGAAAAUGGGCUAACAAUAAUUAUAAAAUAAAUAAAAUACAGGUCUUUGAUAGCUACUUAGGGACAUUGAAUGCUCGUGAACACAACUGUGGGCAUUCAGCGAAAGAGAAGCUCUUCAUAGCUAAGAGAGCUUUUAUCAGUUUAAAACAGGGGACUCCCAACAGGUCGAUCACGAGCUACCAGUAACUCACAGCCAACUUAUGAGUAGCUCGUCAAACAAUUCAGAAAGUACAUGCAAUUUUUCAUGUUUUCCACCGCAAACUGUCAUAAACAACUCUCACAAGUAUCAGCUCCCAGCUACUAUCUAAUCAACGCAACAUUGACAUUAUCCCACCCCUAGUUAGCCACUAUUGUCUUAAAAAGCCAAACCUAACACAAUAUCGCUAGAUCCGCACAUUCCUCACUCGCUAGAUGUGCAAUUAAAGGGCCAGAUGCGCAAAUAAAGGGGAAUUACACAAAUAAAUCUAAAUUUGUUUGAUUUCUUCCAGACCUAAAAAAAUUGUCUUCUCAUCAGAUUUAAGCAUUGACAUGGACUCAGAACUCAGAACAUCCAAUUUAGUUUUUUCUCUAUGAACAAUGGUAAUUUUGAGAGUGAAAAACAAAACAAACAUUUUGCGGCGGAAACAUAAUUUGGGAAAAUAUAAAACAUUAUUUGGUGGUGGGGGGGGGGCAGAUUUUAUAGGGCCUCCCUUAGAGUUGUUUAUUAACCAUUAUUUUACUAGGUAUAUUGACAUUAAACAUAGUGCACCACUUUCUCUUGUACACUAAGGACCCGGGGAAGAGUGGCAGGGGAGAAGAGAAGAAUGUGCCUAUUUGAAAGCUAGAAAGAAAUGAGUAGCUCGCGACGUUUCAUUUUUUAAAAGUAGCUCUCAUGCUAGAAAAGGUUGGGGACCACUGGUUUAAAACAUUCCCCUGAAUCGCAUUUCUGGCUCCUAGAUUGACUUGAUAAUAUGCCGUUAAUGGGAGUCAUUGAAAGAGGCUAUUGUGGUGGCGAGUUUGAUGGUCUGGGACCAGGGAGGAUGACAGUGUCAUAUCACAGGUGGCCAUUUCAUUUCUCAACACUGGGGCGGCUGUAUUAAACCCCUCAGCUUCUCUCGCGAGAGGGGGUUUCUUACCACAAACCACCACACAGAUCAGGGACGUAUGUUUAAAGACACAGGACUUCAGAGGGAAGAUAAUGUGUGAUGUGUUUGUAAUUAUGUUGAGCAGGGCCGACGCAUGUGGGCUUAAUGGGGGAGAAGAAUGCCGACAUGUGUACAGGCCAUGUAUUGACAACUGUGUGUGUGCCUGCGUGUGUGUGUGUGUGUGUGUGUGUGUGUGUGUGUGUGUGUAUGUGUGUGUGCCUGUGUAUGUGUGCGUGCCUGUGUGUUUUCCUUCAUAGGGGGUGAUCGGGGAGCUGAGGGUCAUUGGAGACCCUCGGGCCGCUGAAAGACAGUGUGAAGAGGAAGGGGAUGACUCGGAUGCGGUAAGUGUCCCUUGA